AUGGCUGCCUCGUCAAGCUCUAAGCCUCCACUCUCCCCAUCCUCGUCCGCGUUAGACCUCAGUCGCUUGUCGUACGCGUUGUCCACUCCUGACGCUCUCGGUCAGUCGCUCGAAUUCAAGCAAGACCUUCCGUCGCCGGUUCAACCUGUCAGUUCGGCUCCAGCAACCGGAGGCGGCCUGUCCGUAAAGCAGUCGCUCUGUCAGGCGGUUUUGCGGAUCGUUUUGGAGAAUGUUCAGAGGGACGGACAUAGCAGAGAGGUUCAGGACUCGGUGUCCAAGCACUUCGCAUCUCUACCGUCAAGGUACGCUCUGAGUGUCAACCCACAGCGUCAUGAGGACGUGUUGCUCCACAUGCGCCUCAUCAACGAGGCUCGCACGCUCAAUCAAACCGAUGAGGACCUCGGGCCGGUCGUCCGGGUCCGUCGGGUUUGCCUCGGCCGAGCCAAGUCGUCAGGCUCGGCAGGCGGGGGGAACGCGGGGGAUUUUAUAAGUUCCCCCAGGAGGAGGCACAGCUCGGAUUAUGCAAGCAAUAGCCCGUCCGGGAGAAGCCUGGAAGGUUCCCAAAAGGCAGCGGUUUCCGCUGCGGUAGCAGCGGCUGGCGGGAGUGCUGCUUCUGCAGGCUCUUCCGACUCUGGAGCAUCAGGUCUAGCAGCAACAGGAGCGUCAGGGUUACCAGCAACAGGAGCGACAGGGUUACCAGCAACAGGAGCGUCAGGGUUACCAGCAACAGGAGCGACAGGAGCGACAGGCGCGUUUCUAGGAUCGUCAGGGCCAUCAGGGCUGUCCGCGUCUGGGUCACAGCCGCAGCUUCAUGGUUCGCAUCCGGCUCCGCGCAGGUCCAUCCCCUGUUCCGGAACCCUGUCGCGAAUCAUCCCGCAACCCACAUUCGGCUCCUCCGCCCCCAACUGCUACAGCCUGAGCGGCCUAGGCUCGGCAGGAUCCUCUGCUGUGGACUUGAACCAAGCCGUUCCCACCGCGACUGGCCGCAAAUCCGGGUCGCUUACUGGCCGGUCGCCGUUUGGGUCUGGUAGUAUCGGCAACAACAAGGGCAGCAGCAGUCAUUUCUCGUUAGCGGCGACGUUAAGGGAAGGCGUGCCGUUUUCGUCAGCGUCGGACCUGAGGGGCGACGGUUUGGGAGGAGGGCUGGGCAGCGCAGGAGGGAUGGGGAGCGCGGGAGGGAUGGGGAGCGGCGGAGGGUUCCUGGUUGGGUCGAGAGGGUCCGCGUCGAGUCUAGGGACAGACGUGGAAGAGGAUGAUAGUCGGAGUGGGGGGUCGAGCUGGCACGGGCCGGGGGUGGAAGGGGCGGAGGGCGACGGGUAUGUGUACGGAUGGGAGGUUUCGAUCGCGGCCCCGGAUAGACCAGGGCUGCUGACGUGGUUCACUUCGGCACUGGCGAAUUCGGACAUGGAGCUGAACAUCAAUGAGGCGCAUGUGUUCAGCACGUCAGAUGGCAUGGCGUUACAGGACUUUGUGGUCACCACGCCCAAGCACCACCAGAACUUCUACGCCAAUGAGGCGGAGCUACAGGACGCGUUGACACACGUGGUGCGUAUCAAGUGGAGAGAGCGGGACGUGAAGCAGGCCUCAGAGCAGAUGCAGCUGGCGAAUCUGAGAGCCGUGGUGGAGGCCAUGGCGUAUGAGGACUGGGCGGUGGACUACCAUGAUCUGGGCAUAGGCGAGAGGCUGGGCGGAGGGGCGUCAGGGCGGCUGUGCAGAGGCACGUACAGAGGGCAGGACGUGGCAGUGAAGGUCAUCACGCUCGCUGCUGCUGACGAUAUGGGCGCCGCUGGGGGUGGGCUGACGGGAGGGCCGGCCGGGCCAGGAUGGAUGGUACGGCACAAGAACCUGGUACAGUUCAUCGGGGCAUGCUCCCACUGGCCGCGGCUAUUCAUCGUCACAGAGCUCAUGGCACGGGGCAGUGUGCGGGACGUGUUGGACCAGAGGGGGUGCGGGCUGCCCCUGCCAGUGGCGCUCAAGAUCCUGAGGGAUGCAGCACGCGGGCUGGACUUUCUGCACCGGAGAGGCAUUGUGCACCGGGACCUCAAGGCUGCUAACCUGCUGGUGGAUGAGAACGAUGUGGUGAAGCUGUGUGACUUUGGAGUGGCGAGGCUGCUGCCAUCGAAGCAGGCAGGGCAGCUGUGUGGGGAGCCCACUGCCAAGUCACGGCCCGACAUGACAGCAGAGACAGGCACCUACCGCUGGAUGGCACCUGAGGUCAUGGAGCACCAGCCAUACGACCAUCGCGCUGACAUCUUCUCAUUCGGUGUCACCAUGUGGGAGGUCAUCACAGGCGACCUGCCCUACACUGGCCUCACGCCCCUUCAAGCAGCCAUUGGAGUCCUGCAAAGGAACCUACGCCCGCCUCUCCCUCCCGGCCUGCCAUCUCGCAUCAGCAGUCUCAUCACACGCUGCUGGGCUGCCGACCCUGCUGUCAGGCCAGAAUUCACUGAGCGAGUGAAGGUGUAUCGGCUGAACGACGAUGGCAAGUGGGAUGACAAGGGAACAGGCCACGUGUCAGUGGAAUAUCUCGAGAGGUCGGACGCCAUAGGGCUGGUGGUGAUCGACGAGGAGGACAACGCCACACUGCUGGUGCACCGCAUCUCAGCAGACGACAUCUACCAGCGGCAAGAAGACACCAUCAUCUCGUGGACGGACCCCGAGGUGGCAACAGACCUGGCGCUGAGCUUUCAAGAAAGCAUGGGAUGCUCCUACAUAUGGGAGCAAAUAUGCAACGUGCAGCGCCAAGUGCAGGUGCCUCCAGGCACUGAGGGAGGAGGGGCAGGAGCACGUGACGAGAUUGCAAUUCAUGAGGCAUCCCCCGAAAAUGCCCUUGAAGCAGCAACAGACAUGUCUGAAUUACCUGCAGUGGAGUUGAGGAACCUUCCUGUCAUUGCCAAGAUGCUCACAGACGUGCCGUUGUUCCACAAAGACCGAAUUGCCUCACUCGUCCUCAGAGAGGGCUACGUGCCCAAGCUGUUGGACCUGUUCCGUCAGUGCGAGGAUCUGGAGAAUCUCGACGGACUGCACCACCUGUACCGCAUUGCCAAGGGGCUGGUACUGCUCAAUGACACCAAUCUGUUCGACCUGCUCUUUGUUGACAACGCCAUUCUGGACCUUGUUGGGGCUCUUGAAUAUGACCCCAACCUGCCAUCGCGCCAGCAGCACCGCAAGUUUUUGCUAGAGCAAGUGGAGUAUCGCGAGGCCGUGCCCAUCCAGGACCCCAGCCUGCGCUCUAAGAUCCACCAGACAUACCGCUUAGGUUAUAUCAAGGAUGUGAUUUUACCGCGGGUUUUGGACGACCAAACAUACGGGACCUUCAACUCCCUCAUUCUGUUCAAUAAUGUGGAGGUGGUGUCCACUCUACAAGGAGACAAGCCCUUCCUCUCGGACCUCUUCUCCCAGCUGCGAUCCAAAGACCCCUCCUCCCCCGCCUUUAGAGACCUGGUUCGAUUCCUACAGGAGUUUUGCUCGCUGCACAAGCACCUGCAGAUCACACAAAGAAACCAGUCCUUCAGUGCUCUGAUUGGUCUGGGCCUAUUUGAAAUCGUCACCACGAUCUUGCAACACACUGACGCCUCCCUACGCCUUUGCGGCACCGACAUGCUCAUGUCAGCUCUCAGUCCCGACCCUGCCCCCCUGCGCACCUUUCUCGUGGAGCAACCCGGCCACACACUCUUCUCCUGCCUUGUUAAGGGAAUGGUGGAGCGCAGUCAGGGGGAGGGGGGGUCUCACGUGCAGCUCUUAGAAAUAUUGCGGCAGCUGCUAGACACCGACACCAUGGACACGGCCGAAAAGAACAAGUUUCUAGACGUGUUUUAUGAGGAGUACGUGGAUGUGCUUGUAAAGGGGAUAACCACCGCUGCUGCAGCUGCUGCAGCAGUUGGAGGGGGAGGAGGAGGUAGUGGAGGAGGGGGGUUAGGAGGCGGAGUUGUGUCGCCGGCUCCUGAGGUGCUGGCGAGUAUCUGCGAUCUGCUGUGCUUCUGUGUGCUACACCACAGCUUCCGAAUGAAGUACUACGUGUUGCGCAACAACGUGGUGGAGAAGGUGCUGCGGCUGGUGCGGCGGAAGGAGAGGUACCUGGUGGUGGCGGCUGUGCGCUUCCUGCGCUCCUGCAUCAGCCUCAAGGACGACUUUUACCUGCGCUACCUGGUCAAGAACCGUCUGUUUGAGCCCGUGAUCGCAGCCUUCAGAGCCAACGGCAGCCGCUACAACCUCCUCAACUCCGCUGUGCUGGAUUUAGUCGAAUUCAUCCGCAAGGAGAACAUCAAGUCGCUGGUGACCCAUCUAGUGGAGACAUACGGCUCCUGGUUUGACUCGGUUGACUACGUUGACUCUUUUAAGCUGCUGCGCCUCAAAUACGAACAGAACCUUGAUUCAAUGCGGCCGGCAGAAGAGCCCUCUGCUGCCCCUCCGCCCUCCCACUUGCCGCGAGCCACAGCCAUGAGCGUGCAAUCAAGCGGCGACAGGUGGCGACACGAGAGUGGUGGAGGGGGGGCGGCAGGGGGAGAAGGGGGGAGGAGUGGGGAGGUGGUGGAGCGGGGAGGGCGAGUGAGGGUGGAGAAGAGGAGAGUGAGGGAGGAGAGGGAGCUGGAGAGAGAGGAGGAGGAUUACUUCGAAAGCGGAGGCGACAGUGACGACGAGCCAGCAGCACAGGAGGAGGAGCACGACGACAGCCUACCAGUGCUCGACCCGUCAGGCACACCCCCCCUUCCACGCCACAAAUCCCGCUCGCCCUCUCCGCCUCGCUCCCUCGCCAACGGCAUCAUUCCACCCGAGCCUUCCAGGAAGCCGCUUCAUGGGCUCGUGGACUAUGAGGAUGAGGACGACGAAGACCGCCCCUCUUCCUCCUCCCCUUUCCCUCCUAGCCCCCGGCCCUCCACUGGCUCCCCAGCCUCGGGAAGAGGCUUCGAGGCUCGGGAAGAGGCUGGGGAAGAGGCUCGGGGAGAGGCUCGGAACGGCCCGAAGCGGAGCGGAACAGGAGGAGCAGGUUCGGGCGGGAAGGAUGGGUCAUCCCAAGGUGUGCAAAAGAAACGGAAAUCUUCUGAUGGUGGGGGGGGAUUCAGGAGAAUAUCUGGGGGUAAGAUUGUUGUUGGGGGGAAGCUGGGGGCAAUCGGCACGAUGAGCCAUCCUUCCUCUGCUGAUGCUGAUGCUGAUGGAACAGGGGGAGGUGCGUCUGAAAGCAAGAGCUCUAUUACCGCUGAUGAUUUCUCUACUCCUCCUCCUCCUCCUCCUCCUCCUCCUCCUCCUCCUCCUCCUGCUCCUGCUGCUGAUUCAGCGGCUGAUGCACAUGCUGCUCCCGCCCCUGCUGCCCCUGCUGCUGACGUUGGCGACACUGACCUUGAUGCUGAUGAUACUAACAAGAGUGACAACAGGGAGGGUGUGGUGGGAGAGAAAAUAGAUGGUGCGACUGAUCCAGGGGGGAGUCAGGGUGAUGGUAGCUGCAAGCGAAGAUCAGAAGAGGAGGGGAAGGAGUGGGGGGAGGAAAGGAAAGAGCACAAGAGAGCCAAGGAGAGCACGAGUAGCGCUGUUGCCCGUUGA